AUGUAACUAACCACUGUUAGUUCAUACUAUAUUUUUAAUUAUAUAUAUUAAAUAGAAAUAUUAAGAUUAAAUAAUGUAUGUUAUACCUACUUUUUUUGGUAUCUCUUCCUAAAAAAAUAAUAUUACAAAAAUCUAGAAGAAUUUUUAAACUCUUCACUUUAAUUUCAUUAAGUUCUCGAUAUUUCUCUGAGUAACAAUUAAAUUGGUGAUGAAAGUGCAUUAGGAUUAGGUUCUGCUUUAGCAAAUUGCAUUAAUCUCUCAAACUUGACAUUUAAUCUUAGUGAUAAUUAAAUUGGUGCUGUUGGUGUAUCAGGCUUAGUAUCUGCUUUAGCAAGUUGCACUAAUCUCUAAAAUUUAACUCUUAAUCUUAGUAAAAAUUAAAUUGAGGAUGAAGGCGUAUCAGGCUUAAGCUCUGCUUUAGUAAAUUGCACUAAUCUAUCAAAUUUGAAACUUAUUCUUAAUUAUAAUAAAAUUGGUGUGAUCGGUACAUAAAGCUUAGGUGCAGCUUUAGCAAAUUGCAAUCUUUCAAUAUUGAGAAUUGAUCUUGAUUACAAUUAAAUUGGUGAUAAAGGUUUAUCACAUUUAGUAUCUGCUUUUGCAAAUUGCACUAAUCUAUCAAAUUUGACACUUAAUCUUAGCCGCAAUUACAUUAGUACAAUUAGUGCAUCAUGUUUCGGUUCUGCUUUAGUAAAUUGCACUAAUCUCUCAAAUUUGACACUUAAUCUUAAUGAUAAUUAAAUUGGUGCAAUUGAUGCAUUAGGCUUAGGUUCAUCUUUAACAAAUUGCACUAUUCUCUCAAAUUUGACACUUAAACUAUUUUUCAAUUAAAUUUGUGAUGAUGGUGCAUCAGGAUUAGGUUAUGCUUUAGCAAAUUGUACUAAUCUCUCAAAUUUGAUAAUUGAUCUUCGUGAAAAUUAAAUUGGUGAUAAAGGUGUUUUAAGCUUAGGUUCUCAUUUAGCAAAUUGCACUAACCUCACAAAUUUGAAUCUUAAUCUUAAUAGCAAUUAAAUUGGUGAUGAAGGUGUGUUAGGUCUAGGUAUUUUUUUAUCAAAUUGCACUAAAUUAUCAAAUUUGACACUUAAAUUUCUUUGGAAUUAAAUUGAUGCGAUAGGAGCAUUAGGCUUAGGUUCGGCUUUAGCAAAUUGCACUAAUCUCUCAAAUUUAACACUUUUUCUUUAUUAAAAGUAAAUCAAUAAAUCAUAACAGUUGAAAGUAGAAAGUAAGUGCCUUAAAUCAAAAAGAUUAGUUACCUUUAAAAUAAAUUUCUCAUUAUGA